AUGUCCACUCCAGAGAACCAAUCCUAUCUGGCCGCUGGCAUCAACAGGCUAUCGCCCUGGGGUCCUCGUAGCCCCGUCACAAAGCCACAAGACACUUCCGACCAGUCUUCGGGUGAUAUUGGCCUCAGACAGCAACGAGGAGGAGACCACAAAGUCAGCCACAGACAUCGCCUUAGUCUGAAGCGUUACCCGCGAGACUGCCCACCUCUGCGUGUUCAGUGGUUCUUUGCUGUCGAUGUACCCAAACGUAAACCUGUCUACUCUGACAAGCCACUGGGCAAAGCCGAGGGUGUUGAAGCACCCAAAGUCGUUCCCAAGAAGUACGCUCCCUUUUCCCAAAAAGACUCGCGCGCCAUCGAAAGGGCUUUCCACAGGAUAUCAAAAGAGGACGAUGCCGCUGAACGAAGGGAGCUGGAGAACUUGGAUGAUACUUCAGAUAUAAAAGACCCGGGGCUUGACUCUCACCAUAAAUCUGCCAAGGUUCCUGUUAAUGAAGACUACCUUUUCGAUGUGGAUGUCUUGAACAGAGAGCUGGCUCCUGCAUACUGGCUAGGUCCGGUGUAUGAGGUUCGCCGCGGAACUUGGUUCUACCAAGAGGGCGCUGUCCAGAAGCCUUGCGAUGAGAAUCUGGCUGCUCAGCUAGAGGAACAAUAUGUUAGGGCUACCCCUUGGAAAUGGAAGAAGCAGGAGUCCACACCUACCAGAUCGGCCUCACAGUCUCGCUCUGCUACUUCGUCUCCACUAAACUCCAAAGGAUCGCUUCCUAAUCUCCGCGACCAGAACAUCAGAAAUGCUGAAGAUGCGGAAUCUGCUCAUCGUGUCCAGACAUAUCGAUUGUUCGGACCGCAUUCAAACUCUGUGGUGACGUAUCAAGAUACAACAACUGCGUGGAUCCUCACGGACGAUUUCAUUAGCAGAAUGAGCAGUGGUGUCUACAGACGUUUUGCUGGAGGUGCUCAUUACGCUGGUAUCAAGGUCACUCGUGGCUAUGUCUUGCAAGCCAAGAAGCCUGAAGAGAAGGAAUCAAAGGCAGGCUCAGAUCCCAAGUCUGCUACUGUAGAUGUCUCCUCGCAAGAGCCUGGCAAUGCAAAGGGUAAAGCACUCGUAUCUGCGGAAGGAAGCAAACCGGACAGUCUCCAUGCAGAGGUGGCAAGUCCUGAGUCUGAGAAGCACCGUCUGACUUUGGAGCAGCAGAUGAGUUCUCUCGUCAAUGCCGGUCAGGAAGAUCCUCAGAAGCAGGAGGAAGAGGUCCGAAAACGAGACGAGAAGGAGAUUCAAGACGACUACCGUGACAGAGAGGGAGAGCAACAGGAUCGAGAAAUAGAACAUCUUCUGCUGGUCACCCAUGGCAUAGGUCAGCGUCUAGGCUUACGCAUGGAAUCAGUCAACUUCGUGGGAGACGUGAAUACUCUUCGAAAGACCCUCAAGGCCGUUUACAGCGAGAGUGCUGACUUGCAGGCGCUGAACUCAGAGGUCGAUGCGCUACCCAAGAAUUGCCGGAUUCAGGUACUACCUAUCAACUGGAGACACAAGUUGGACUUCCCCAAUCGCGCUCUCAAACACAACAGAAAGGAACACGAUCUGGCAUUCGGUGGUUUUGGUGAAGAGGAGGACUACCCUAACCUUGACAACAUUUCCGUCGAAGGUGUACCAGCCGUGAGAAACCUGAUUACCGAUCUAGCUUUGGACAUUCUCCUUUACCAAAGCCCAGCAUACAAGGACGCCAUUGCGUCCAUCGUGCUUGAGGAGUGCAACCGGAUCUACAAGUUGUUUUGCGAACGCAACCCGUCGUUCAAAGGAAAAGUCAGCUUGGUUGGCCAUUCGCUAGGAUCAGCCAUCAUGUUCGACAUUUUGUGUCUCCAGGAGAGACACGAAUCGCAGCAAAAGCUUUCUGGUAAAGCUGCGCGAAAUCCAAUGAAGCUGGACUUUGAGGUCGAAGACUUUUACGCUCUUGGAUCGCCAAUUGGCCUCUUCCAGAUGUUGAAGGGCCGCACCAUCUCUGCCAGAGAUGUUGGGCAAGGCCACACGAGCUCCAAAACAGCCGCCUUUCUGGGCUCAACGUCGUCCAGCUCUGACAAUCUGACAGGAAUGGGCACUCAAAAUUCUGACUUGCCUGUCUCUUCGCCAAAGUGCCGACAGGUCUUUAACAUCUUCCAUCCUACCGAUCCCAUCAGCUAUCGUAUUGAACCUCUGAUCUCUCCUGCAAUGUCAUCUCUCAAGCCACAACCGCUACCCUACACCAAACGAGGUAUCUUCAGCACCGCAACUGGCCAAGGUCUUACAGGUAUUGGUGCACGGGUAGGCCAGAGCGUUUCUGGUCUCUGGUCGAGUUUCAGCUCUGGCAUAGCAAGCAUUGGUGAACGCCCUCCAACCCUCAUCGACGCUGAAUUGGAAACGCUAUAUGCUGGCUUCCAAAAUACACGAAAAAGCGCACAGAUCGAUGUGGAUCAUGACAUGGCCGAGAGCGAAAGGGCAGAAGCAGAAGAACGUGGUCGCAAGCUGAAGAAGGAGGAAGCCAAGGUUCGAGCAUUGAAUUCGAACGGAAGAGUCGAUUACAGCAUCCAAGAGGGUGCCUUCGACAUUUCUCUGAUCGCAGCAGUGGCUUCGCAUCUUUCCUACUGGGCGGAUGAGGAUGUCAACCACUUCAUGAUUUCGCAGCUUCUGUCCAGACAGAGAACGGUACGAAAGUCAGGCAGCAAUCCCAACAUGAAGCGUUGA